AUGACGGACCCAAUGCCCGUGCCCGGGUCGGAGCGGCUAUCAUGUAAUUGCCACUACCCAAUUGGCCUUGUCGUCUUCCUGGUAUUCACAAUAUUAUCGUUAAUUUGUUGCAUACUCGUAUGUUGUAUCGACAUUACAAAGUGCUCAUUUUGGAAGAAACAUCGGGAUCGCCCGCUGCUGCGCCGGACGUCGACUUUUGAUCCGCGCUUUAUGGACGGACAACGAAUCCAGAAAAAAUUCUCGGUCGACCCGCGUCUACUCGCUUCUCUUGACAGCCAAUUGAGUCGACAGGGCUCGGUAGCCCCAAUAUUACCAGCCAUGACGCAUUCUGAAUGCAACGGCAAUUUGUAUGGCAUGUAUUUCCCUAAUGAAGCACUUGUCACUACUGUC